AUGGCACCGUAUCCCGCGCGAGCAGCACCAGGAGGGGUCUCUGGCAGUCCGGCGAGCCCUGGGGCCGGUACCGGCACUGGAGCUAGCGCGGGUGAGGACUUGGCGGCGCAGCUUCAGAAGCGUCGUCACGGUCCUGCCGCUGACGAGCCCAAGGGAAAGCAGGACACGGCUGCAGAGGAGGUUGAUAGCUCGGUCGCGUCCGUGGAGUCCAGCUUCGUGCCGCUGGAGGCAUCCCCACCGCCGGUGCCGGCGUUGACCAGGCUGGACCCGAAUUUAGGCCACCUGAUUGCCACCGCCCCUUUCUCUAAGGGCGCCGGCGGCGUCGAUUGGACAACAGCGACGACGGCACCAGCAAGCUGUCCACGAAGUCCUCCAUGGGCUCAUCCCGUUGGCAUUUCGCACUAA